AUGAAGCCUAUUGAGAGAAUCUCCCGAGGAAUUGCUAUUUCUGGUUGCGAACUGAAGUUGCGGGCUAAGAAGGAUGCGUAUCGAUCAUGUCCGCAAUAUGGAGGAACAAAUAGUUUCUUUACUGUUGCUAUUCAUUAUGGAGGAUUCUUUGAUAUUGGGCCUAAAUACUCAGCAUAUUUAGGUGGGGAGAGUAUGGUAUUUGACUAUGUUGAUAAGAAUGAGAUUUCUUUAUUUGAUGCUAAGGGUUUGGCUAGAAUUAAAGGAUGCCCUAACCCUAUUGUUAUCUACACCAUUAUAUCUAAAAACAUCGUUUGA